AUGUCACAGGAGGCCACAGAGGCACCAGCAAUGCCAGGAGCAGGGCACGGGCAUAAUAAAGCCAAGGCACGGUUGCUUCUAGGCACUGACAGGAAGAGGAGCCGCCUCAACAGGACAAGGCAGGACCUGUGGGAAGACACUAGCUGGGACAACCACAGAUUGAGCAGAGCCACCUCUGCCCCUCGAGGGACCAGAGCUAGGGGAACAGCUCAUGGCAGGAGUGAGGCCAGCCCUGGGAACGCGGCACGGGAACGGACUCGGGUGAAGACACUACGUCAGGCCUUUCUGGCCCUGCAGGCUGCUCUGCCUGCAGUACCACCUGACACCAAGCUUUCCAAGUUGGAUGUGCUAGUGCUGGCCACAAGCUACAUCGCACACCUCACCCGAACACUUGGCCAUGAGUUGCCUGGCCCUGCCUGGCCUCCCUUCUUCCGUGGACUCCGUUACUUGCACCCUCUUAAGAAGUGGCCCAUGCGAUCUCGUCUCUAUGCAGGAGGCUUGGGAUGCUCUGGCCUCGACUCCACCACAGCCAUCACUACCGGCCAAAGACGCAGGGAUGCAGAGCUGGGGUCCCAAGUCUCUGUAGCAGCAGAUAGUCUCGACUCACCAGUCUCUCCAACUCUUGGUAACUAA